AUGGCCCUCUGCUUCACUCCUCAAAAUCAUAUGAUGCUUGUGGCAGCCAUAGCAGCACUGCACCUGCUACAUCUCCUGGCAGUCACACCAGUGCUCCACGCAGCCACCAACGUAGCACUGCCUGGUUGCCUUAGCAAGUGCGGCGAGGUCAGUGUACCUUACCCAUUUGGUGUUGGUGCCGGUUGCUACUACGAGGGGUUUAUGCUCACCUGUGACGAGACCUACAACCCCCCUAAGCUCUUCUUGGGCAAUACUAGUGCUGUGCUCAACGUUUCUCUGCAUGAUGCGAGGCUGGACAUUGAUAAUGGUAUCGCCAGUCUGACAGGGAGAAAUCUGUACAGUAUGAACUGGGGGAUACCCCUUGACAACAGCAUCUUCACACUGUCCUCUUUCUGGAACAACUUCUUCGUCAUGGGGUGUGGGUUCAAGUUUCAAGUCAUGCUGCCAGAUUCAGAAAACAUGAUCGUUAUGUGUAAUUCAUCGUGCCUGAAUGGGCAUCCUGCAGUAGCCACCGAUGGCACGUGCUCUGGUGUUGGCUGCUGCGAGGCAUCCUUGCCGGGAUCAAGCAACAUGUAUUCGAUCAAGCUUGACCCUUUGGGUGCAGAAAAUGGCACAAUGGAGCAGCCAUUCAACGCUACCUUUGUCAUUGCAGAUAAAGAAUGGUGGAACACAAACAACAAUAGUAUGUUGUUGCAGAUGGCAGUCUUAGAUGGCCUAAUCACACCAUUGGGCAUACCUGGCUCCGCUCCUCCGCUGCAGAUCAAGGCUAGUGGCAAGUGGAAUUUUAGAAACUUGUCUUGUGCGGAUGCUCAGAGAUCAAGUGAUUAUGGGUGCCUUAGCUCCAAUAGUUACUGCCAUGAUCACUGGAAUGGUGAAUCAUCAGGGUACAUAUGCCGCUGCAAAGGCGGCUACGAGGGCAACCCUUACAUAACAAAUGGAUGCCACGCUGAUACUCAUGAGUGCACAAUCGGAGGUAAGUACCCAUGCUUUGGUGAUUGCGUUAACAUGGAUGGAUCCUAUAAUUGCGUCUGUCCACAUGGCACAUCUGGGAACCCCAAGAAACCACAUGGAUGCAUCAAAGAUACAGAAAAAAUUUCAGGAUUAGCUGUUGCUACAGGAAUUUUGUGUGGCGGAAGCCUUGUUCUUCUCAUUUUCGCUGCUAUUUUCUUGAGGAAAAAGCUAAGAGCCCGAAAAGCCAAGAAGUUGAGAAAUUUUUAUUUCAGGAAAAACCGUGGGUUGUUGUUGCAACAAUUAGUAGACAAGGACAUUGCUGAAAGGAUGAUCUUCAGCUUGGAAGAGCUAGAAAAGGCAACAAAUACAUUCCAUGAGGAUCGGAAGAUCGGCAAAGGAGGCCAUGGUACCGUCUACAAAGGCAUUUUGUCUGACCAACGUGUUGUAGCCAUUAAAAUGUCAAGACGAGCAAUACAGAGUGAAACUGACAAUUUCAUAAAUGAGGUCGCCAUUCUUUCUCAAGUAAACCACAGAAAUGUGGUAAAACUCUUCGGAUGCUGCCUGGAGACAGAGGUUCCAUUGUUAGUGUAUGAGUUCAUUUCAAAUGGAACCCUUUAUGAGCAUCUUCAUGUCAAUUCUCCACAAUCAUUGCCAUGGAGGGAACGACUGAGAAUUGCCCUUGAAGUUGCGCGAUCUCUUGCCUAUCUACACUCUGCUGCUUCGAUGUCAAUAGUUCACAGAGAUAUCAAGGCUACCAAUAUUCUGCUUGAUGAUAAUCUAACAGCGAAGGUGUCAGACUUUGGAGCUUCUCGAGGCAUCCCUAUUGAUGAGACUAGAAUAACCACAGCCAUUCAAGGAACUUUCGGAUAUCUGGAUCCAGAAUGCUAUAACACGAGACAGCUCACUGAGAAGAGUGAUGUGUACAGCUUUGGUGUCAUGCUUGUGGAGCUUUUAACAAGGGAGAAACCGCAUAUUUAUGUGUCAGCGACUGGUGACAGUCUAGUGGAACAGUUCCUGAUACUACAUAGGCAAGACAAGCUCUCUGAGAUACUAGACCCACAAGUGGCCAAGGAAGGGGAGGGAGAAGCUGGAGUAGUGGCAGAGAUCGCAGCAAUGUGUGUAAGCUCAAGCGGGGAAGAUAGGCCCACGAUGAAGCAAGUCGAGAUGAGACUUGAGGUGCUGCAAAGCUCAGCAACCAGCAUUAAAAACACUCCAAGAACUGAGGAGCACGUAGUGAACAUUCCUUUAGCUAGGCAACUGGGUUACAGUACUGAUGGGAAUGACAUCAGCAGGCGGUUUAGUAUGGAAAGGGAGAUCUUGAUGUCCAUGGAUUUCCCACGUUGA